AUGUCGGCCUCACUGGCACCAGAGUGCAAUGAAGUGAAAGAGCGGUACGAUAACUGCUUCCUGAAAUGGUACAGUGAGAAAUUUCUCCGAGGCACCGCUACUACGGAUGAGUGUGACCCACUCUUCAAGCAAUAUGAGAAGUGUCUCUCGGUACGUGAACCCAUUUCACUAGUCCGCCCUACUCAUCACCAUCAGAAAGUAUUGAAAGAGAGGGGGAUCGACAAGAUGGUCAAAGAAGCACGAGAAGACAACCGGGAGAACGAUGCGGAGCACAUGAAGCCUGUUAGUGUACCAUCUUCACCUUCGUAG